AUGACGCCAUCACAAGAGGAUUUCAUUGUCCUCCCAGUCCCAGAACAAAAGGUAAAUCAGAACCUCAUCACAAGUAAGUAUGUUGAAACUCAGCUCCAGGACUUUGCUAAGAAAAUGCGUGAAAGGACAGCCCACCAAAAGGAAAAGUUGAAAGAGGAUGAUUUGUCUUCUCCUGAAGCCAGUCCCAAAGUUGCUGCACCUGCAGCUGUUCCUCCCCAGCCAGAAGAAGAGACUAAGAAAGAAGAGGAACACUACUGUGACAUGCUGUGUUGCAAAUUCAAGAAAGUCCCAUUGAAAGAGUUUCUAAAGAAGAUGAAAUUGCCAAGCAAUAUAGAUUCACACACAGAUGGUUCCUAUAUCUUGUGGCUCUUGUUAGUCACAAUUGCUUAUAACUGGAACUGCUGGUUAAUUCCAAUACGCCUAACUUUUCCCUAUCAAACACCAAAUAAUAUGAAAUACUGGCUUAUAAUUGACAUCAUCUGUGAUAUAAUAUACCUGAGUGAUAUGCUGAUGAUCCAACCCAGACUGGAAUUUUUAAAAGGUGGAAACAAAAUAAUAGAUCCAAAGGAGAUGAAAGAGCACUACCGGACUUCAAUAAAAUUUAAGCUGGAUCUCAUGUCAAUAAUACCAUUUGAUGUUCUUUACUUCAUUUUGGGGUUUAAUCCAGUAUUUAGAAUAAAUAGGACACUAAAGUAUACCUCAUUCUUUGAGUUUAAUGACCGCCUGGAAUCAAGAAUGAACAAAGCAUACAUCUACAGAGUCAUUCGAACUACUGGAUAUCUGCUAUUUGUCUUACAUCUUAAUGCAUGCAUUUAUUACUGGGCUUCAGACUAUGAAGGAAUUGGUAGCAGUAAAUGGGUAUAUGAUGGCACAGGAAAUAGUUAUCUGAGAUGUUACUACUGGGCAGUACGAACUUUAAUUACCAUUGGUGGUCUUCCAGAACCACAAAGCACAUUUGAGAUUAUAUUCCAACUCUUGAAUUUUUUCUCUGGGGUUUUUGUAUUCUCCAGCUUAAUUGGACAGAUGAGAGAUGUCAUUGGAGCAGCUACUGCCCAUCAGAACCUCUUCCGUUCCUGCAUGGAUGAUACCGUCUCUUAUAUGAACACAUAUUCAAUACCCAAAUUGGUACAGAACCGUGUUCGAACUUGGUAUGAAUAUACUUGGGCCUCUCAAAAAAUAUUGGAUGAAUCAGAAUUCCUGGAAAACCUGCCUCUCAAGAUGCAAUUGGCCAUUGCCAUCGAUAUGAAUUUCAACAUCGUGACUAAGAUCGACUUGUUCAAAGGGUGUGAUACACAGAUGCUUUAUGAUGUGCUACUGAAGUUGAAAUCCACUGUGUAUUUACCUGGUGACUUUAUCUGCAAAAAGGGAGAAAUAGGUAGAGAGAUGUACAUUAUUAAACAAGGAGAAGUUCAAGUUCUUGGAGGCCCUGAUGACAGACAAGUUCUGGUUACUCUGAAAGCUGGAGCUGUCUUUGGAGAAAUCAGCCUUCUGGCAAAAGGUGGAGGAAACCGCAGGACAGCUAAUGUGGUGGCCCAUGGAUUUGCCAAUCUCUUUAUCCUUAACAAAAAGGCACUCAGUGAAAUCUUAGUGCACUAUCCAGACUCUGAAAAGAUCCUCCUGAAGAAAGCCAAAUUACUUCUAAAGCAGAAGGCUAAGCCCACAGAGGCCCCACCUCCAGUGAAAGGUUUUGCCCUUCUUGUCCAGUCCAAAGAAGAGACACCCAAAAUGCUUAAAGCUUUAUUGGGUGGCUCAGGUAAAACAAGUCUUGCAAGACUACUCAGACUGAAGAAAGAAAUCGCAGCUCAGGAAAAAGAUAAGAAAAUUGAAGGAGUAGAGUACCAAGGAAAUGAAGUAGCAGAAAAACAAGUGGAUGGGGCCAAAAGUAAACCAGGAGAUGAAACAGGAAAAAUAGAGGACAAGCUCAAAUGUAAAUCCACACCUGUUACAGAAGGAGUGUCCCAACCUAUGCCAAAUGCACUCCUACCCAGGGGAAACACUAAAGAAUCACUUAUCAUCACCAUGACCCCUUCCUCUAAUGCAGAAGAAGAAAUUCUUACAGUUGAAAUCAAAGAGAAGGCACAGUAAUAAAUGCUUGAUUUCAUAAAA